UUUGAUUAAAUGAAGAAUAAACGCAAAUAAAAUGCCAACUCCUGCUGCAAAACGACUUUACACACAGGCACCAGAUCCUGCUUCAGAGCCUGUGCAAACAGCAACCAUUGUUGUUAUUCAACCGGGGUCUUACAACUUAAGAAUUGGUAGAGCUGCAGAUGGACUUCCUAUCACAAUUCCGCACUGUAUUGCCCGUAAAAAGAAGGACCCCAGUAAACCACUUCAGUCUACACCUUGGAUUCUACGUCCAGAAUGCCAGCAUCCAGAUAGUAAACACCAGCAAAGACAAGGACUAAAACAAGCUGAGGAGGCCCUGGCUUACAAACCAACUUCUACAGGGGAAUACAGACAGCCUACAUCACACAAACUGCUAUAUUCACACAACAGUAAUGUACGGGGACAGCUGACUGAAGUAAUCUGUCCUCAUAAGUGGACUACUAUUGACCAGACUUUACCAUAUAUAAUAGGAGAAGAGGCAUUAUACUUGAACCCAUCAGACAACUAUCGCCUUCACUGGCCGAUGCGUGGGGGACAAUUAAAUGUCCACAAUGGACCAGGAGGAACACUGACUGCUGUCAUGGCCGAUAUCGAGAUGAUAUGGGGACAGGCCAUCCAAACGUUGCUAGACAUCCCUCUGAAAGAUCUCAAGCUCUAUAAAGCUCUCCUCCUGAUACCAGAUGUGUACAACCAUCAACAUGUCAAACACAUGAUGAAUGUUUUGCUAGACAAUCUCGGCUUUGGCGCAGCAGUUGUACAUCAAGAGUCUGUGUGUGCCACAUUUGGUGCUGGGGUAGGCAGCGCCUGUGUAGUAGAUGUGGGUGACCAAAAGACCAGUGUAUGUUGUGUGGAGGAUGGAAUAUCUCAUAAAAACACAAGAAUAACAAUGGAGUAUGGAGGAAGUGACAUCACAAGGUGUUUUCAUUGGUUACUAGGGAAGUCUGGUUUCAGCCCACGUGAACUUGACCCCAGAAAUACAAUAGAUGGAUUACUACUACAGGAGUACAAAGAGUCCUACUGCCAUUUAGACCAGGACAAUUUCGGAGUGAAGGACAGGUCAAUACUGAUUAGAAAACCAGAACAGAAUAUCAUUAAGUAUGCCAUGAAAUUUGGAGAUGAGACAAUACUGGCCCCGAUGAGUCUGUUUUUCCCAGACAUGUUGGGUCUACAAGGGUCAAAUCUCAUCCAUGUUCAGAGUCGCUCAGAUGGGGACCCACAGGAUCCUCAUGACGAGUUCUUUCUCCGGCAGACCACUUCCAGGGAGGCAAAGCUUGCGAAGAAGAAAGACAAUACAGAGAUGAGUAGAGACAACUCUGAGGCCAACCUAGGACAACUGGAUGAUGCACAGGUCCAACAACAGAUGGAUGAGGACUCCAAUGAUGCUCCAGACAAUCUCCAAGUAACUGGUGACAUCAACAAGGGAACACGACGACUCGACAUUGAGGAGGAACAGGAGAUGGAGUCUGAGCCAGUAUUACAACUAAUGGGAGUAGACCAGGCCAUCCUACAAAGCAUUGACAGAUGUGGGAGUGAUGAGGUGAAGAAAAAGAUGUACAGUUGUAUCAUUGUAGUAGGAGGGGGGAUGAUGUUUGAGGAAGCCCAGCAAUGGUUACAGUACAGAGUCUGGGUGGGCAUGCCUCCUCAGUACAGACUCAUGUUAGAGACAAUGGAUGUCCUCACACGACAGAAGGACAUGGACCCAACCAUCACCUGUUGGAAAGGAGCAUCUGUAUUAGCCUGUCUGGACACAACGCAGGAACUCUGGAUCAAACAGCACGAGUGGCGUCAGUUCAGUGUUCGCAUGCUACGGGAAAGAGCUCCCUUUAUGUGGUGAUAAUCACACAGAUUCCAUUUUGAAGACAGAUAAAAGAAAGCAUCUGUUUGCCAGAUAAAAUCCAGAAUGUCACCAUUAUACAUCUGUAUGCACUGAAUCGAAAAAAAGUUGACAGAAUCUUGAGUGUACACCACAAUGAUCGAAGUGAAAGGUCAAUGAAUGUUUGGGAUAUAAUUAUUUGUUUGUUCUGAAAGAAUUGAAUUCAUGUCGUGGAUUCUUGCUCGUUACUGCUGUACUGCUGAGACUAAAACAAAUCUCACAGGUCAAGGUCACUUAGGGUUUGAUCAUGGCUAAAAUGUAUAAUUGGAUUCAAGUGCUGGUGAAACCUCAGAAGUCAAGGUCACAUGGGUUUGACUUAUAAGCUUAUUUAGUCUACAUAGUUAAAAUAGAUUAAAGCAGGGCAGAUUGUAUUAGAUCAUUCAAGCUUACAUGGUCUUUAGAGAGACUAGUCUUUUAAACUUCAAUAUUCAUCUGAAUACCAAGUCAUAUGCAAUCCUAGCUAAGAAGCAUUUUUAACACCUUUUACAGAAAAAGGAGUUAUGGAAUGUUGAUGAAUGUAAAAAAAAAUUGACAUGCAUUAUUACAAAUGUAAAGAGCUCACAGCAAUAUAAUAUUUUAAAUUGAUAUCUCUUCAGGAGUUUGACUUCCUCAGAAGGGCUGAAGAUAAUUAUUACUUUCUGUAUGCACAUUUACUUGGCACAACAUGAAGACAGAUUUUUGUUAUAAGUUUGAAUGAUACAGUAAUGUGUAAGAGUGCAAACGUAUGUGGUUUUAGUGAUACAUAAAAUAAGUGUAAAUGUGUGACACAGGAAUUAAGUGUAAAUGUGUGACACAGGAAUUAAGUGAGGAUGUGUGAUACAGGAACCAAAUGUAGAUGUGCUGUGGUUUAAAAUAUUUUGAGAGGAAGAAUGACAGAUCUGGAUGAAGAUGUUAUGUUAUGUAUGAAUUGAAAAAGAAAUGUCCAAAUAAAUUAAAUAUA